CUCUCCGCUCUCUCUCCUCUCUCCUCUUUCCCUGACGAAAGGAUCUCUCUCUCUCUCUCUCUCUCUCUCUCUCUCUGUAACUGUUUGCACAGUCUUAUGUUUCUUGGUCCGGUCAAGUUUGUCGGAAACACAAAAUCUGAAAAUAUCCGAACUGAGACAUUUUUGGAGAUCCAAACUUAGAUUUUCAGGAUUAUUCUCUGACGUUGUUAUUAACUUUUAGUUACAAUGAUUUUCUUGGUAAUUUCAGUUCGGAUCUAGGUCACUUAUGGCGAUUAAUGAAGCUUUGCAGGGUGAAAGCAAUUUGUUGGGUUUCAAGCCGUUUUUAGGCAGCUAACAACGUUUGGCGUUUGUUUCGCAUCCAUUGUGUAUAUAUUCGGUUAUGGAUUUGCUUUCGGCAUCACUCUGUAAUCGGUCAACGCACUUUGUGUUAGAUUUACAAGGGUCUGUAAUUGCGGAUGUUUGUUUUUGAAAUCAGCGCUGUCCGCUAUUCUUUUUCCCGAUUCAAGAAGAUAUUUUUUUCGUUCUGAACUUGGGCCGUGUUUACUGCUAGUGUUUUGUGUCACUAACAGGGAGUGUCCUGAUGAAUGUUAAUAGUGACGAGGACAGACAACUGUUGGAACUAAACCACCGCUCAUGGGAGGGGGAGGGGGAGAGGGGUAACAAUGGAGUGGAGGAUGAGGAAAGGAGGUUAGUCGAGGAAGAUGAGUCGAAAAGUAAUGGAAGAGCUGGAGAUGUAAAAGGUCGGCUAGGAGGGGCUGUUCAAGCCCAGACUGUUACUCAACAGCCUCAAGGGUCGGCGGUUUGCUGGGAGAGGUUUCUACAUGUAAGAUCUCUUAAAGUUUUGCUGGUCGAAUAUGAUGAUUCUACUCGCCAUGUUGUCACCGCACUGCUUCGCAAUUGCAGCUAUGAAGUGAUUCCAGUAGCAAAUGGAGUGCAAGCAUGGAAGAUUCUUGAAGAUUUGACUAAUCAUGUUGAUCUAGUCUUAACUGAGGUAGUCAUGCCUUGCGUAUCAGGCGUUAGCCUUUUAAGCAAGAUUAUGAGCCAUAAGACACGGAAAAAUGUUCCUGUGAUCAUGAUGUCAUCGCAUGAUUCAAUGGGCCUCGUCUUUAAGUGUUUGUCAAAGGGUGCUGUUGACUUUUUAGUGAAGCCUAUUCGAAAGAAUGAGCUUAAGAACCUCUGGCAACACAUUUGGAGGAGAUGCCAUAGUUCUAGUGGUAGUGGAACGGGAAGUGAAAGUGGCAAUCAAACUCAAAGGUCUAUAAGAUCAAAAAGUGUUGAAAAGUCUGAGAACAAUAGCGGAAGCAAUGAUGAGGAAGAUACUGAUUUGAAUGUUGGAGAUGGAAGUGACAAUGGGAGUGGCACUCAGAGUUCUUGGACAAAAAGAGCUGUAGAAGUUGACAGUCCGCAACAUGCGUAUUCAUGGCCCCAUCCCGAUAGUACUUGUGCCCAAGUAGUUCACUCAAAUGCCGAAUCACUUGGUAAUAAAUUGGUUCCUGCAGCUGCAACAAGGGAGUGCCAGCAACAGAAGGAACAAAAUGACAACUUUGCAAUGGGAAAAGAUCUGGAGACAGGCCUGACCAAUUUUGAAGAAUUACAGCAUGGGCAGCGUAAUGAUUUUUCAACAAAACUAGCAGGAGCAAGACAGAGUAAUCUGCUUGAGAUAGGUUCCAGUAAACUUGACAAGAAAAUUGAUAAGGGCAAGCUGAACUUGAAUCGUGAGAGUCCUUCCAGCAUGCUAAAGUAUGAUGGUGCUACAAUGACAGGUGUUGUAACUAAUCUCACUGAUUCCCAAAUGGACAACACACAAUUUGAAGCUUCUAACAGACAUUAUAACGCCUUAGACGUUAACAAUAAGGCGCAUAGUAAUGUUCAUGAAAUGUCAUCCGUGGAGCUCAGUUUGAAAAGGCUUAGAGGAGUUAAAGGCACUGAGACAACAGUACAAGAUGACCGCAAUGUGUUGAGACGGUCAGACUCUUCAGCCUUUUCAAGGUAUAACACAGCCUCAAAUGCUAACAAGGGUCCUUCUGGGCAUGUUGGAAGCAAUUCUCCACAUGAUAAUAGUGGAGAAGUUACAAAAAAGGAAUUCUUUCGCGACAUUCGAUCUCAUUCAAGAGAUAACCCUCCCAAUCAAUGCUCAAAAGGAGGCAGCAAUAUCAAUGAUAUGGGAUCCACUACUAAUAAUGCCCUUCCGAAAUCUCAAGUUGCAAACAAGUCAGCAGCAGCAUCCACAGUCCAACUUUUGCAUCCGUUAUCUACUUUCCAUCCUGUCAAGGACCUUAAGAGUGCUACCGAACAUGUUAUAGUAGAUAAUUCUAACAAUGUGGAAACAACAGUACGGGUUCAAUCAAGAGACACUAAGAAGCAACUCCAAAUCCAGAACCGCCAUCAUGAUUAUGAUCAGCAUCGGGUCCAUCACCAUGUUGUGCACAAUAUGCAAGAGCAACAGCUGCGUGAUAAUAAUGAUUUAUCUUUGAAGAAAUUGGCUGCAGCUGCCCCACAUUGUGGAUCAUCGAAUGCCCUGACCGGGCCUGUUGAAGGUAACCGAAAUUAUAGCAUCAAUGGGAGUGGUUCAGGUAGUAACCAUGGGAGCAAUGGGCAAACUGGAGGCAGCGGUGGACAUAAUGUUGGAGGUACAAAGCUAGAAUGUGAUUAUGGAGUUGCUGGGAAAAGUGGAAGUGGUGAUGGUAGCGGAAACCAGAGUGGAAAUGGAGUAGAUGAAAACAAGUUCAAGCAGAGAGAAGCUGCCUUGACCAAGUUCCGUCAGAAAAGAAAAGAGAGAUGCUUCCGAAAAAAGGUUCGGUAUCAAAACAGAAAGAAACUGGCAGAUCAACGACCUCGAAUUCGAGGACAGUUUGUGCGGCAUACAAUGAGCGAGAACAGGAUAACAGAUAGCUAACUCGGGCACUUCCGGUAACAUAGGUUUGAAACUUGGUGAUUACCUAUGAGCUGUUAUCAGUUAAAUGCAUAUGUAUAUUUUCUUGCAACUCUUAUGAGCAAGGUACUACGUAAAUAUUUGUGUAGACAGAUUUGGAGGUGUAGGACGUGAGAAUUCCAGACAAGACCACACCUUGAAGCUGCUGUCGAUUAAUGUGGAUUUCAAAUUGCUUCUUUAAAUAGGAGGCCAUCGGCUUUAUGCCAUCAGUGUCCCUUUAUUUCGUGUUAAAGAAUAAAAUAUCUUCAAUGCC